AUGAAGUCCAUAAUUUAUUACUUAACCUUUUUAACUCAAUUAUCUCUGCUUUUAGCAGGGCCACCUGUUAAUUUUAAAUGUCUAAUAUGGGAUACACCUUGUUUGACCGGGAAGGCGCUGGCUGUAUCGACCUUUAUUGCUACGGCUAUUCCCCAGCUAGGUACAAAAGCUCUAGACACGAUAUUUAUAGACUCUGUGUACAUCAAUGAAGAUGGAUUAAAGUUUACCAUGAUAAAUACGUACGUGCAAGGGAUGAAGGAUGUGAUUAUUGAUAACGUCAGCAUUGAUGCAGCUUCAAGGGUCGUCCGAUUAUUAUUUCAUACUAAUUUUAAAGUUAUGACUUCAUACAAAACUGAUGGAUAUUUGUUUUCAAUGCCUUUCUAUGGAGAAGGAAUCUGUACAACGAGAUUAACGAACGUUCUUAUUGAUAUGGCAAUACCAUUUGAUAUUGUAAAAGACGCUCAAGGAAAAGAUUUUAUGGACCUGAAGAAUUAUCAGUACGUAUACGACGUGGUAGGUGGUGCUCAAUAUUAUUUGGACAACCUUUACAAUGGAGACGAACAACUAAGUGACUCGAUGCAGUGCCUCAUGAAUAAGAAUUGGCGAUAUCUAACGGUGAAUUUCGGAAAGGUUUUUAUAGACACGGUUGCCGACAGCAUUUAUAAUACGUUCAGAAACUACAUGCUCUCGAUGCCAUUAAAGGAUUUCGAUAAAUGUUAA